AUGGCUGCUGUCUACAAGUCUAUCUCCAAGUCCAGCACUGCAAAGGCCGAGGCGCCUAGCAAUGGCGUCAAGAAGAACAAGCAGAGGGUUCUGAUCCUCUCUUCUAGAGGCGUCACUUACCGACAUCGCCAUCUUCUAAACGACAUUGCGGCGAUGCUCCCCCACAGCCGAAAAGAUGCAAAAUUCGACUCCAAGACAAAACUGUACGAACUGAACGAGCUGGCCGAGCUCUACAACUGCAACAACGUGCUCUUCUUCGAGGCAAGGAAGGGCAAGGAUCUGUAUGUUUGGCUCAGCAAAGUCCCUAAUGGGCCUACCAUCAAGUUCCACCUCCAGAACUUGCACACCAUGGAGGAACUUCAUUUCACCGGUAACUGUCUCAAGGGCUCGCGGCCCGUUCUCUCCUUCGACGGCGCUUUCGACAAGCAGCCUCACCUCCGAGUGAUCAAGGAGCUCUUCCUCCACACCUUCGGCGUUCCUCAGGGCGCAAGAAAAUCCAAGCCUUUUAUCGACCACGUUAUGGGAUUCAGCUUUGUCGAUGGCAAGAUCUGGGUUCGCAACUAUCAAAUCAACGAGGUCGAGGCGACAGCCAAGGAGGGUGAGGAAGAGGAAGAGACAACCAAGUCUCGAUCUGGCAAGCCAGAUACCGAUAUCAACCUGGUAGAGAUCGGCCCCCGAUUCGUUUUGACACCGAUCGUUAUCCAGGAGGGCUCUUUUGGUGGACCUAUUAUCUAUGAAAACAAGGAGUUUGUGUCACCAAAUCAGGUCCGAGCCGAUAUUCGAAGGACAAAGGCUUCGCGACACAACGCCCGCGCAGAGAAGGAGGUGGAGAGACGGGUCAGGAAGGGCGACCUUGGACUGCGAUCUGUUGGCGGCCAGCGACCGGCCAAGGAUGAGCUUGAUACCAAGAUGUUGUUCGCCUAA